AUGUAUUUACGGAACAGAACUCAAACAAAGUUUCAACAUCUGGCACACUAUUCACUUCACAUCACCUUUUGUCUAAUUGACACCUCAAUAAAAGAUCGAAGAGAAUCAAAUGAAAACCCUUCUGAUGAUAAAUUUUCUUCUUUAUUUGUAUACUUUGUGCGAAAAGGUGAUUUUAUCGAUUUUUUAAAAAUCAUCAUCAAAAAUUCUUACUUCAGUUCUUUAUCAUUUCCAAUGGAUGAUCCGGAUCUACAACGCAACAACUCUCUUUCCGCAGUGAUACAAAGAUGUGUUAUGAAACGAUGUAGGAAUGAGGGAGGUCUUGAUACACUUUACGCACAUUAUGUAUAA